AUGAAAAGUAAAAGAGUUAAGAAGGGCCAGACCAAGUGUUACCGGGCCAAGGUGGUCAUGGUAGGAGAUUCGGGAGUGGGAAAGACCAGUAUUCUGCUUAGAUACGAUGGCCAGGGAUUCACUAGUUGUCUCAGUCAGACCCUGGGGGCAUCUUUUAUUUCUUCCACCAUGUAAGUACCAAUUACAAUAUAAUAACUCUGAUUAGUCGUUGCAUUGACUCUAAUGUUGAACUUAAUAUUUGGGACACUGCCGGGCAAGAAAGAUUCAGAUCAAUGGUGAGUUACACUUCAGAUCUCUUCACUGUUAAAGGCUCCACUUUAUCUCAGAAAUGCGACUGCCGCCAUUCUUGUCUAUGAUAUCACUAGAUACGAGACCUUCAGAAAUCUGGAGUCCUGGGUUACCGGUAAGUUCUUCUUUUGUUGCAGAUUGGAUGUUAAAAUGGAAGGGUUUUAGUGAUGACAAGAGGUUUUUUCUAGAAUUGGAACGUCACGCUCCUUUGGAUGUCACCAAGUUUGUUAUGGCAAAUAAAUCAGAUCUGGAAGAAUGUCGAGUGAUCUCAACGGAGGAGGGUCGUGAGUUCGCGGAGAGGAUCUACGCCACCUACUUUGAAACAUCAGCCAUGAGUGGCCGAGGAAUCGAAUCCGGAAUUAAAUCAGUGGCGGAGGAGUUGUUAAAGAAGGCGAAUGAAAAGGAAGGGGAACCUGGAGUGAAGGUUGGCGCAGACCCACCUAUUGUGGAUGCCGAUAAGAAAGAACACCGCUUUUGCUGUAAUAUCAUAUAG